CUGUAAACACAUUUGAUUUGUUUAUUGUAUUUUUGUUUACAGUUUUGUUGUUUGUCUCACAUAUACUCUCUCUCUCUCUCUGUGUUAUCCAUCGAUUCAAUCAAUCAAUACAUUCAACCAAUUGUUUGCCUAUUAUUGUUGUCAUAACAGUCAAUGUGUUGUUUGUGUGCUAAGCGUUGUUCACAACAACAACAACAACGACAUCGACAACAAUAAUAUAGUAUAAUAACUAUCAUCAUAUCGGGUGUGAAAAACUAACUGUCCAUUUGUCUGUCAUAUCGCUAUUUACGGCCAAAAUCGGGUCCAAAAAAUUACAUGAAGAACAUGAAAACUAUGGCCAGCGGUAGUGACGACUAGUGAUAGCGCCGUAAACCAAAUUGACGGACAACAACAACAACGACAAUAACAACAACAACAACAACCAUCACAUCGAUGGAAGAGUUACGCGAAGAGAACCGUCGAUUGGCGGGUGAGUUGUGUUACGCUCGUCGAUGUCUGGAUCUGAUGCACAACUAUCGCAACUGUUUAGUGGCAAUGGAGGCCAACUGCCGGUGCGAUCGAAAUCAAUAUCAAAAGUUUGUGUUCAGACUAUUGGAAAAAGAGUACAGCACUGUCUUUACCGACGAAACCCGACACGCGAUGAUCAACAAUGUGGUGACCGCUGCCCAAGUGGUUACCGGCGGCGCCAGCAUUAUGAACAUUGAUAAAAGUUUAGAUAUGUUUAACCAUAAACUUGACAUUAGGUCUCAAACCAUGUCAUCAUCUGCUGAUGAUAACAGCCAUAGAUCUGCCAUUGAGUCGACUAUUCAUUCAUCGGCCGCCAACUGCAGUGCCGACAAAUUAGCCAUCGAUAGUAGCCAUAGACCAUCUAGUGAUCCAUCUAAUGAUAGUAAUCACCGACAGUCAGCCGCUUCCAGCAGUUAUGACAGCAGACAUAAUAGUAGUAGUGUUUCGUUAAAUCAUAAAAAACAUACCAUUCCUGCCACUGACAGAAGUGCCAGACAUAAGGACUCGAUGAACGCAAAUGAGUCGCCAUCGUCUUCAUCGUCGACGAUGAAAAACAGUGGACAACAACAGCAUAUGGUGGCCAUCACUGAAGAUAUGGUUGUCGUUAAAAUGGACGAAGAAUUGUCGGAGAUAUCGAUCGUCAGCGACAAUACCGACGACAGAGACAAACACCAAAAGUUAGGUCAACCGACUAUCGGUGUCUCAAACAAUCAUCAAUUGGUCGACACGUUUCAAGAUUACUCGUUUGGCGCGUCGAUAGCCUCAAGCAGUCACUAUAAUCACAGCCAACAGUCCGACGACGGAUACAACAACGCCAGUCACGACAAGUCGAGCUACAAAUGUCUCAAAACGGGAUGUAAUUUAAUAUUUGAAUUGAAGACCCAAAUGGAGGACCACUUGGAUCAAAGUCAUCCUCAUCUCAGGCCAUACAAGUGCGACACCUGUAAGAAGACGUUCAAAAAGUCCAAUCAUUUGGCACGUCAUAAGUGUCGCGGACUUAAUGACGAUGAAGUCGGCGUAGAUCUCGAACAUGUCAACAGCUGUCGCGUGUCAAACGGUGGCGGCUAUCGAUGCGAUUGGCCCGACUGUGACCGCGUGGUCGCCACCAAACAUAGUUUUAUUAGUCACAUUCGGACUCAUAGAUGUGAAUAUCCAUUUGCAUGCGAUAUGUGUGAGAAGCGGUACACCAAAAAAGACUGUCUCAUUCGUCACAUCAAACUGUUUCACGCGUCGGCACAGAUACACGACUGUCCGUUUGACGGUUGCGACUAUCGUACGCCAUAUAAUUGGUUGCUCAACAAGCAUAUGAUGUCACGACAUAUGAACACCAAAAGCUUCAAGUGUGACCUACAGCCGUGUAAGUCCAGGUUUCAUCUGAAGGGACAGUUAGUUCAGCAUAAAAUGCGUAAACAUGGCAUCAAUGUUGGCGGUGGCGGCCCCCCGGGACCGCCUACUGGUGCCGGCGCUGCUGCUGGUCACCCAGUAGUCGUACCUGAGCCCAUAGCUAACAAUCCACGUUUUAUGCCACAUCCGUAUUAUUAAAAAUAUUUUUUUUAGUAUAUA